CUUCAUGAAGUCCGAAUCUCUUGCAGAGUGGUGAAAGCGGCUGAGAGACAGAGGCACCGUCCACACUAGCCCAGGUUCAGGGACACGCACCACCACCACCACUAUGGCUGCCAGGAUGAACCCUGGGGCGAUGAGACGGGUGAACGCCGUCAGAGUGACAGUGAAAUCCGAUGAGGCUGCCGGGGACGGAGCCACCAAAGGAUUCACACCCACGACAGGACAGAGAGACACCACAACCGAAAUGACCCGCCUGGAAUUCAGCAGAGCCGUACUCCAACGAGGUAUGGGCUUUGUGCCGCUCAAUCUCAACUGCCUGGUGAAACCACCCUCAACCCCCAACACCUUUGAGGUCAGUUUCAAAACACCACAACUGUUAGAGCAAUUUUGGACCAUGUACCGCCAGAACAAAAAUAACCCGCCUUUCAGCCAUCUCCACACAGAACCACUUUCAGACAGGGAAAAUAAAGUAGUCACUAUCCAAUUUCACAAUGAAGCUGUACAGGAGUACGACGUGGAGGUUUGGCUGCGCCGCUAUGCCCGCGUCAACUCUGGAGCGAGGAGGGUCCUGGACGAGGAUGGAGUGUGGACCGGGGCACGGAAAUGGCUGGUCCAGCUCACACCGGAUCCUUCAGCGGUGGGCGGUGUCCAACACAUCCCCAGUACCAUCAACCUGGGGAACCACAGGGGCACCGUCCACUACUAUGGUAUGCCCAAAUUGUGCAGGACCUGCGGCCACCUUGGACAUCUGGCCGCGGCCUGCACAAAGAUCAUCUGCCGCAUCUGCCGAGGGGAACACCCCACGGCGGAAUGCACUAACACACGCCCCUGCAACCUGUGUGGGCUUCAGGGACACCUAUACAGAGACUGCCCCCAUUCCUACGCCAACAAGACGAGGAGGCCGGCCAACCCCCCCCCCUACGGCACCGCCCGGAGCACAACAUCGGACGGAGCAGGCCGACCCCCCUCCCCCCUCCCCCCCCCCUUCCCCCUCCCCCCCCUCAGACUCUUCCACACCCCCCCUAUUCAUUAUUACUGACCCCGACCCGGUAUCGGACCCCGACCCGGUACCGGCCCCCUCCACCGAACCCCCGACCGACAUCCACCCCCUCUCCCCAUUCCCGGGGGCAGUCUCAUCCCCGACGACACAACCUGACCUACCGGACUCCCAGACAGACCUACCAACCCCUCUCCAGCCGACCCCCACCACAGCGAAUCCACCUGGGACAACACGACCGGACUCUGACUCCACCGACAUGACCUCCCCAGUGUAUCUUGCGAUACGUACAUCCACCCCUGCCAGGCCGGUGAACGUGAGGGAGCCGGCUCUGGUAGGGAUCAUUCCCUCCCACGAUUUACCCCCACACUCCCAGUCACUUUACAACGAGGACUCACCACUCACGGACUGGAACAUGGUCGUUCUGAAGAGGAAGCGCCAACCCACUACUGCCACCUCCGAAGACGACUCCACCCCGACUUCUGACUCUCCAUCUCCCCCGAAACCACCACCAAAGCCUCCAGGCCCCCCUCCCCCUCCCUCUCCCCCCCUUCCCCCCCGACCUCGCCCGGUUCCCAAGUCCAGACACCAACCCCCCACAGCAGUCUCUGAGCCCACACAGGAUCAGACCGGCCGGCCCCGGCCCACCCAAGGACCCUCCGUGCCAGCCGAAUCUCCACCACCAGGCAGACGGUGGGGGGACGACGAAGCCGUGAGCAACCAGGGGGAGGUGCCCGACCCGGAAUAUGCACAGGAGGCCAUCAGGAACCUCCAAAUCAUCGCCACAGGAAUCGCCGGACCCGUCAAACCAUCACAAUCACCAUGAC